AUGUCUGUAAACGCAGACUCGUCCGUCACAUCCGUCCGCUCAUCCGCGAAGAAGGAUUUGCGGAGGGAGAGUGACGCUAUGUCCGAAGCCUCCACACGCAAACAUGGUCAGGAUACGCAUGCGAAGCGGUCGAUGUCCAAGGACGUUAUCCUCAUUGGCACCGUAACCCUUGCUAUGAUCCUCAACAUUGCGAACAUGACUGCCGUGUCUAUCUCACUCCCGACCAUCGGCAAAGACCUCAACAUUGUUGAGUCCAAGCUCCAGUGGAUCAUCUCUGCCUAUGCGCUCAGCUCGAUCACGUUCAUCAUUGGAUGUGCGUGCAUGGGCGUCUUUGGCUUGGGAUGUGGGUUUGCCCAAGAUGAGAUCACCCUGGAUAUCUUGCGUGGGUUGCAAGGUCUCGGUCCCGCAGCCUCAGUGCCAGCAGCCCUUGGUAUCCUUGCGCACACGUUUCCUCCUUCACCCAUCCGGUCCAUUGCGUUUGCGACUUUUGCUGCCGGGGCUCCUAUCGGUGCAGCGGUGGAGAACACUAUUGGUGGUGUCCUUACACAACUCACGGUCCAGAGUUGGCGUUCUACGUUCUGGUUUUUGACCGGACUGAGUGCUUUGUGCUGUGUUGGUGGGUUGAUGUCUAUCGAUGCAGACAUCCCGUACGCGCUUCCAGAUAAGCGCAUAGAUUGGCUUGGGGCCCUUCUUGUCACCUCCGGCCUCGUCUUCAUCAUCUUCAUUCUGAGUGAUGGCCCCAUUGCGCCCGAUGGCUGGAAGACUGGUUACAUUAUCGCGCUCCUGAUUGUUGGCGUGUUCCUACUCGUGCUCUUCGUCGUCUGGGAGCGCUACCUUGAACGUAUGCAUGCUCGAGGCGAGGAGACUAGCCAGAGGUGGUGGACGCCGCCGCCGCUGAUGCCCGUGUCGAUUUGGGGCAGGGCAGAUGGCAAGCUUGCAGCGAUGUUGGCUAUAGCAUUCGUCCAGUGGUGCAGUUUCAAUACGUUCAUAUUCUGGGUUCAGCUAUACUACCAGAACUACUUAAACCUGAACCCAAUUCUGACUAUGGUUCGGCUCUUGCCCAUGUCAGCAACGGGCAUAAUCUGCAACGUGAUCGUCGCUCUCGUCGUCGGCCGCGUCCCCUUAGUCUGGCUUGUCGUCAUCGGUACUCUACUCACCGGAGCCUCCAACCUCCUCUUCGCGGUCACCGUUCCCUCCGCCCCUUACUGGGCCUUCGGCUUCCCCGCAGCGAUCAUCACUGUCUUCGGCGCCGACUUCGUCUUCGCCACCGGCACGCUCUUCGUCGCGCGCGUCUGCCUCCCGCACAAACAGAGCGUCGACGGCGCGCUCUUCCAGACACUCACUCAGCUGGGGACAUCGUUUGGGCUGGCGAUCAGCACGGUCGUGUCCAACGCGACGCUGAAGAGCAAGGCAAAGAGCUUGGGCGUUGCCUUGAAUGCAGGCGGGACGAACGCGCCGAAGCCUGCGCAGCUGACGGCGUAUAAGGACGCGAUGUGGAGCGGGUUUGCGUUCGGGAUGUUUGUCAAGAGGGCUUUCGAGGCUGACUGGUGUUUGUGCGCAUGUGUCUUGCUUGCUAUCCUCUUCCUUCGAGGAGUUGGCGUCGUUGGGCACCGGAAAGGCGACAGUGACGACGAGAGCGAGAAGACAGCGCUUGAACCGGAAGACCGCGAUCCCGAAGCUGUAUGUUGA